UCCUGCCGGUCACAAGGUACAAAUGCGCCCCUCAGGCGGGCUGCUGGCAGACAGCACAGAUGAAGCCCCUCAGCAGUUUGCCGCUGGGUCCUGCCUCAUUGCUGCUUCUGCUGGUCAGCCUCACGGCCAUCCACUCCAGCGGACCAGUGGUGACCUGCUGUCUGAAGACGUCCAAAACCGUGCAGAGGGUACAGCAGAUAAGGAACUAUUACCAGCAGAGUGCGGGCCUGUGUCCGGUGGAUGCCGUCAUAUUCGUUGUCGGAAGGAAAAAGGCAAAGAUCUGUUCCAGCCCCGCUGAGCCUUGGGUGAGGAAGGCCAUGAAGUACGUGGACAACAGAAAGAGGAGAAGGGUGCGGGGGGAGCAGGAGGUGCCGAGGAAGAAGAAGCCGACCUCUGUGCGAAGAAGAGCGCCCCCUGCUGAUUAAUUACAGCUUGCAUUUUUCUGUAACGUUUUGCCAAUAUGUGAUAUAGAAAUAUGAAUAUAUUUUAGGCGUGCCGUCUAGUAUCUGCAUCUUCUAUGUAUUUUCUUUUUCAUGUACUUGAUUUGCUGAACACAGAACAUGUGUGCACACCUGAUUUCCCCCUUUAAACAGAGUAAUUUCAAAGAUAUUUCAAACGUUUAUAAGAAUUUUGAACCUUGCUGUUUAUGAAUCUUGCCGUUCACGACGUUUUCAUGAAACGUCCUGAGAUUAAAUAUUAAUUUAUUAUUGCAGCUAUAAAUAGUCUGAUUAUGGGUUAAGAUGACUGACAUUUUGGUCACAAUUCGUUUGUGGUUUUAAUGUUGCUAUAAGAAGGAUAAAUAAAACUCAUUGUUUAA